ACGAGAGGCCAGCGCUCCGACACGAAUCCACUGCUGCCUUCCCUCCCUCCCUCCCUUCCUUCCCCCGCCACCAAAAAUAUGAUGCCUGCAGCCCUCCCAAUUCCGCCAUCCACGACGCCACGCCCGGCCCUUCUUCCGCGCACCCGAAGAGCCGACGAGAAUGGCGUCGUCGCUCUGCCGAUCCACGCUUCGUCUUCGUCCGCCUCUCCUUCCUCCCACUAGGGUUCCUCGCGCGUCCUCUCGAUUCCAAACCCCACUCUCCCGCUCCAAUCCUCUUUACGCUUUCAGAUGUCAAAUUCAAACAGAUGCCAACCCACAAUCGACGAUAAAAUUGAAGGAUGAUGAUUCGUCAUCUAAAACAUGGAAGAUCAAAAUGCUUUAUGACGGGGAUUGCCCGCUUUGUAUGCGUGAGGUAAACAUGCUUAAAGAGAGGAAUAAAUCCUAUGGAGCUAUAGAAUUUGUUGAUAUAAGCUCAAAAGAUUACUCACCUGAGGAGAAUGAGGGCCUUGACUAUGAAACUGUUAUGGGAAGAAUUCAUGCGAUUCUUUCAGAUGGAACUGUUGUUCGAGAUGUUGAGGCAUUUAGAAGAUUGUAUGAGGAAAUUGGGCUUGGAUGGGUUUAUACAGUUACAAAAUAUGAGCCUGUGGCUACAAUAGCAAAUGCAAUCUAUAGCAUUUGGGCCAAAUAUCGUUUGCAAAUUACAGGACGGCCUCCGCUGGAAGAAAUUUUGGAAUCAAGACGAAAGGAUGGAUGCAAUGAUGAUAAGGUCUGCAAGACGCAAACUACGUCUCGGUAAGUUCUGAUAACAUGGAUAGAUAUGAACUGCAUACGGCUUUGGAGCUCAGACGUUCAUGCCUGCAGUUCAAGGCCUGCGGCAGCGUCGAUGGCGGCUGUUAUCUUAAUUUUUCUCUUUCCUUAUUCUCACUCUCAUACUCACAAAGUUGUACUCUAUGGAAUCAAAAAAUUCGAAUUGAAGCGCAUAAUGUAGGAGUUGAAAAGUAUUAUCUAUGCAGAAAACAUAAUGUAUGGGCUGUUCUUAUACUAUCUUUGACGGGUCUUCUGUCUGGGCUCGUCGGCACUAUGCAAUCAUCUUUUAUCCAGAUCGGUAAGCCUGUCCGAUCUCGAAACUAAAAUAGUUUGGCUCUCGUUUUCUUGGUAAUUCAGAUGGAAAAUUCAGUGUAGGUUCUUUUCU